GUAUCCACCGCUCAUCCCAAAGCUAAAUAUCUCCCAUAUCAAUAAUGUCCUCCCAAGCUUUCCAAAUCUUUGCUUUCAUCUUAUUUCUUCUUCUUUCCUUCUUCCCUCAUCUAAAUAUGUCGUCUCGUGUACUGAUUUUGAAACAUAAUGCCAUUGCCCACGACAUGAACUCAUCUUUCUCAUUGUCUUUUAACAAUCUCCGAGGAUGUCGUUUGGGUGACACAGCACAAGGCAUUCAUCGCCUCAAAAAGUACCUUCGACGUUUCGGUUACAUUACCAAUGUGGAGAAGAAUUCCAUGGCCAUGGAUGAUGACACCUUCGACCAUGCCUUGGAAUCCGCCGUUAAAACUUACCAGAAAAAUUACAAUAUUGAUGCCUCUGGAAUUUUGGACGCCAAGACCAUAACCCAAAUGCGCACGCCUCGAUGUGGGGUUCAAGAUUUCUUCAAUGGAACCACUUGGAUGAGAUCAUCAAUGGACCACAAAAAUAGAGAUGGCCGUUUCCACACAGUUUCUCACUAUUCUUUCUUCGGGGGGAAACCAAAAUGGCCAGCUUCCAAGUUCCACUUGAGCUAUGCAUUUCUUCCGGGCUACCCAUCUGAAGCAAUUGAACCCGUGGAUCGAGCUUUUUCCAAAUGGGCUUCCGAAACCCACUUCACAUUUUCAAAGAUUUCGAACUAUAAAAAAUCCGAUAUCAAAAUAAGCUUCGAAAUUGAAGACCAUGGAGAUUUCGCCUCGUUCGAUGGUAUGGGAGGGAUUCUAGCCCAUGCUUUUCCACCCACGGACGGCAGACUUCACUUCGACGCUCAUGAGCCAUGGUCUGUGGGGGCUCUUUCUGGUUAUUUUGAUGUUGAAACGGUGGCGUUGCAUGAGAUUGGCCAUCUUCUUGGGCUUCAACACAGCUCCAUUGAAGCGGCUAUUAUGUAUCCAACCAUACCAGAGGGAGAUACCAAGGAUUUGCAUGGCGAUGAUGUUGCUGGACUUAAGGCUUUAUAUGGAAUUUGAGAAAUUUUCCAAAAUAUUGUUCGUUUGCCUUGGUUUUUAUAUUCUCUGUUAUUUUCUAGGUAAACUUAAUAACUUCAAGACUAUAUCCAACGCAACCAAAAGAUUAUUUACUACAAUCAAUAAGUUGAUCCGUAUUUCUAAAACUAAUUCAACUAAUACAAAUACUUCAAGUCCGUGAAAAA